GGGGGUUUUUGGAGUAACCUACUGCACACAGGUGGUAAGAUCACCUUGCAGUCGAUCAGAAAGGUUCAUCUGCAAGAAGUUCACACUUGGACGCGGCUUGAUAGGAUGAGGUUGAUCUACUUGUGUGUAAUAGUGGGUGUGGUGAUGGGGAGAGAUGAGAAGGUGUCCAUCCCUCAUAUGUACAUCAAGUUGGUGAUGGAUUUUGACAAGGUUCGGAAGUUCCAUUGGGGUCUUCACUCGUAUGAUUUCCUGUUGAGUUCGAUUGAGAAGGCAAUGAAGAAGUUGGGUAAGAAGGAGAGCUACAUUUUCGAGGGUUUCUCCUAUGCUCUCCAGAUUUAGAUUAUGGAGGCAAUUCCUGAUUUUAGAGAAAUAUUAGGCAGAAGAGUCUCAGACAGCUUCAAAGGUCCAAGGUGUGGCAAUUGGAAAGGAGUUGCAAAAGUUUCUUAUGAAGACAUCAUUGAGCUCGAGGACUCCUUAAUUAAGAAGGAUAACUUGUUCUCGGUCAUAUCAGUGACUGGUAAUGGUAAUGUGUUUCUAGAUGUUGACUAUAUAAGGAAGGGUGAGAUGGAAGAUCAACGAGUUGACCUUCUUUUGGAGAGGAUCAGGAACAAGUAUGAUUGGAGCAGCACAGACUGGCAAGUUUUAGACCCUGAAGAAACUAAAAUGGAGGCUCCCGACUGCCAUGAUAGAGGUGGAAUGAUGAGCAAAUAG